AUGGGUAACAAUCUUUCACCUUCUCGUGCCAUUGGAUUACGGCUGAUUGUACAACUUAGCUCGGUCUCCGGCCCUGGUGGUUAUGGCAGAGGACAGGAAGGUUAUGGAGGCCCUGGCGACAGGGUGAGCUCAGACAACCCCGAAAGCAGAUAUGGCUCUGGCUACAACGAGGGCGACCGCUUCAACGGCCGCGACAAUGACGGAGGCUACGGACGCUACGGUGGAGGCAAUGACAACGAGGGACGCUACGGCGGUGGCAAUGGAGGCUACGGUGGCGGCAACGGUGGCCAUGGACACUCCAGCGGUACCUCCUAUGGCAACGUCCCUGGCGGCUCUGACGACUACUCGUCCGCAGCCCACACUGCAGCCCAGCAUGCUGGUGAUUCUGGAGACUCGAACAUGUUCAGCAAUGCCCUUGGCAUGCUUUCUGGCCACAAGGCACAACAAGGGGAUGUCGAUGAAGACGAUGCUAUGAGACAGCACCAGCAGUUCUACGGUGGAGCUGGUCAGCCUCACCCAGCCAGUUCUGGCAGCAUGGGCUCGGCUGCCGCCAUGCAGGCUCUCAAGAUGUUCAACCAGGGAGGUAGCUCCUCUGGCAAUGGUCCUCAGAGCCAGAACGACUUCAUCGGUCUUGCCAUGUCUCAAGCUGCCAAGCUCUUCGACCAGCAAAGCUCUCAAGGCAACGUGCACCAAUCAGCCUCAAAGCAGGACGCGAUCUCGUCGGCUGCCCAGAUGGCCCUUAAGAUGUACAUGAAGAGCCAGGGAGGUGGUGGUGGCAGCAGUGCCAGCGGCCUCAUGGGGCUUAUGAGCAAGUUCAUGUAA